AUGCUACGCCUCAAAUAUCAAUACAAGGCUCAAGAAGGCCACGGGGAAUUUUUCACGUUCCAAGCUGUGAGACCUUGCUCCCCUGGCCCUCUUCUACGGGACGCUCGAGCUAAGAUCGCCUCGAAUCUGGGCUCGAUCUUCGGUUAUGCAGCACUGAACCUAGCGCCCUUGGGUCCCUGGAUCAGGCUCGGCUGGCCGAGCAGCACUGGUACCGGCGAAUGUAUUGAUUUGGCUUCGCAAUACGCUCUCGAAACCGUGGUGGCGUUUCAGCAUGGCCAUUCUGACCUCAGUCUGGCUCGUGCGAGCAAGAUCGGCUCGACAGCGCUUCGAAGUCUGCAGUCCAGCAUUGAGUUAUGUCAGCAGGAUGAAGAUAAACAAGCUCUUAUUCUGGCGGUGAUGCUGCAUUUUGCUGCAGAAAACUUCGCGGGCAUUGCUACAUGGCGGUACAUACCGCACUUACAAGGGAUCUGCUUUCUGCUGAAGGCCUACUUCGAAGAUCAGCCAGAGGAUCGAGUUGUUCAGGAGGCUGUGAGCUUGAUAUGCGAUCACGAGAUCACAGCAGCGUUACACUUCGGCCAACCCUCGCAACUCGAGGCCUUUUCCAACCCGCAGUAUUCUCUCGAUGAGCCACCUCCAAUCGAUGUCGCCACGCUCAUCGUCAACGACCUCCUGAUCCGAAUCCCACGCACUAUAUGCGCCCUCAGAGCCUGCCUGCAGGACCAAGACGACAUCCAAAAGAUGUCUGAAGCAUGCACCCUGGCCAAAGCCCUCUACCAUUCGGCGAACGCCAGCUGGGUCCAAAAGACAGUUACAGCAACGAGCCGGCCUUCUUCACCCCUUCACAACAAGUCCACGUCUCCAAGCGGCAUCACCCUUACCUUCGACUCCAUCCCAGCCCUCACUCUCUCAACCCGGUACACCCUUAGCAGACUAAUGACCUGCGGCCUCUUGCAAAAGCUAACCACCCACCCCCUCUCCCGCUUCUUCUUCCCCGGCACUUUCGCCCCUGAAGUCGAAGCAGCCGAACUCUCCGCCGCAACAUUCAUAGCAGAGUGUCUCGAUUUCGCCCUGAGACCAAAUCCCGCACAAGUGCUCGUCGCGGUCACGAUGAUCAUGCCCUUGGAAGCGUGCGUAGGGACGUGGAGUCGACUUCAGAGGCGCGAGAGAGCCGCUGGUCGAUUAGAUUCGCUGGAGUUCAAGCAUGCGGUCGAAAUGCAAGAUUGGUGUAUCGAGCAUUUGCAGCGGUUGUGUUCGAGAUGGCGGGCAGGGCCAAUUCCGAGGAGAAACAUGGAGCAAUUGUACGAUGUUCUUGUUGGGGGCCCGCUUGUGCCGAGCACGUAUGAGUUUCAGGAGAACGGGGUGGCGCUGUCUGGGCGGAGGGAUGUGGAAUCAUAG